AUGGCCUCCACAGAACCUGUCAUCAUUAUCGGGGGUGGCCUGGCAGGCCUCGUCACGGCCCACGAGUUGAUCAAAGCCAAGCAAAAAGUAAUCAUUGUCGAUCAAGAGAAUGAAGCCAAUUUAGGUGGCCAAGCAUUCUGGUCCCUAGGAGGCCUCUUCUGUGUGAAUUCGUCCGAUCAGCGGUGGCAGGGAAUCAAAGACUCCCGUGAGCUUGCCCUUCGAGACUGGCUAAACACCGCGGGAUUCCAUCGCGAGGAAGAUGAAUGGCCUCGGAAAUGGGCUCACGCCUUUGUCGACUUCGCCACCGACGGGAUGGAGAAAUAUGUGAAGGAUCUGGGUCUUAAGUUCUUGACGGUCGGAUGGGCCGAGCGUGGCGCUGGUAGCGCCGAGGGUCACGGCAACAGCGUUCCUAGGUUUCAUCUGUCAUGGGGCACCGGUCCCGAGGUGGUACGAAUCUUCGCUGAGCCUGUCCGUGCUGCAAAGAAAGGUCUCGUCGAAUUUCGGUUUCGGCACGCGGUCGACGAGAUCAUCGUCGAGGAUGGCGUCGCUGCCGGUGUCCGUGGCAAGGUUUUGGAGCCAUCCACUCUGGACCGUGGCGUUGCCAGCUCACGGACGAGCAUCGGCAACUUCGAGCUCCGCGGCCGUGCGGUCGUGAUCGCGACCGGCGGUAUCGGUGGUAAUGUGGAAGCAAUCAAGCAGAAUUGGCCGCUCGACAGACUGGGUCCUUCGGCUCCGAAAACCGUCGUUUGCGGUGUGCCGGCGCAUGUUGAUGGCAAGAUGGUGCAGACUGCGAAGCAACAGGGUGCGAACGUGAUCAACAUGGACCGUAUGUGGCAUUACACUGAAGGACUCCAGAACUGGAACCCGAUCUGGCCUCUGCACGGCAUCCGCAUCAUUCCCGGUCCGUCAUCCCUCUGGCUAGAUGCAAAUGGCGAUCGCAUGCCGCCCUUCCUGUUUCCGGGCAACGAUACAUUGGCUACAUUGCGCCACAUCUCCGCAACUGGUCAUGACUAUUCCUUCUUCGUGCUCAACCGAUCGAUCAUCGCGCGCGAGUUUGCUCUUUCGGGCUCGGAGCAGAAUGACGAUAUCACCAGCAAGAGCUACUACAAGGCAGCAUACCGCUACUUCUCGCGCUGGGGCACUAAGGAGGUUCAAGCGUUCCUCAAGAACGGGGCAGACUUUGUCACGGCCGACACUCUUCCAGAGCUGGUCGAGGGCAUGAAUCGAUUAGCAGCCGAGCGCAACGGGCCGACUCUAUUGCUCGACGCAAUUCAACGACAGAUCGAAGCCCGCGACGCGCAAUGCGAUAAUAUCUACACAAAGGACGCACAGCUCAUGACUAUCAAGACCACACGUGGGACCCGCAGCGACUCACUACGAGUCGCGCCACUUCACAAGCUACUCGACCAAUCCGCCGGCCCCCUCAUCGCUGUACGUCUCAAUAUCCUGACACGGAAGAGUCUGGGUGGGCUGCAGACGAACCUGGAGAGCCAGGUCCUACGGCCCGACGGCUCGGUCUUCACGGGCCUCUACGCGGCUGGCGAGGCGGCGGGUUUCGGAGGCGGUGGUGUACAUGGAUAUUCGUCACUUGAAGGCACCUUUCUGGGCGGCUGCAUCUUCACCGGACGAGCUGCUGGUCGCGCUUUAGCUGGUAAGCGAUCACAGUUGUGA